AUAGGGCUUUCAACUGCCAUCAUCCUCAAGCGGAGGAGCCGUCCGCUGUCACUCGAGGAAGCGUAGGAGAAGGGCGGAAGAGCCAUGGAGUCCGUCAUCACGGAGCUGCACGAGAUCGAGGCCGUCAAGUUCGGCAGCUUCAAGCUCAAGUCGGGCAUCACCUCCCCCGUCUACGUCGACCUCCGCCUCAUCGUCUCGUACCCUUCCCUCCUCGCCCGCAUCGCCGACCUCCUCUAUACCACCGCCGCCGCUGCCGUUUCCUCCCCCAUCGACCUCGUCUGCGGCGUUCCCUACACCGCCCUCCCCAUCGCCACCGGCAUCUCCCUCGCCCGCUCCAUCCCGAUGAUCAUGCGCCGCAAGGAGGUGAAGGACUACGGCACCGCCCGCUCCAUCGAGGGCGCCUUCCGCCCCGGCCAAUCGUGCCUCGUCGUCGAGGACCUCGUCACCAGCGGCACCUCCGUCCUUGAGACCGCCGCUCCGCUCCGCGCCGCCGGCCUCCGCAUCACCGACGCUGUCGUCGUCAUCGACCGCCAGCAGGGCGGCCGCGAGAACCUCGCUGACAAUGGCAUACGUCUCCAUGCCCUCGUCACCCUGUCCGACGUCCUCAGGGUGCUCGUGACCCAGGGGAAGGUGUCCGAGGACAAGGCUGCCGAGGUGAGGGCCUUCUUGGACGCCAAUCGCAGGGUCGCCGUGUCCACGCCGGCGGUGACGAAGCCCAUCGUCAGGCUUCCGUAUGGGGCGAGGGCGGCGAUGGCGAAGAACCCCACGGGAAAGAGGCUGUUCGAAUUGAUGGAGGCGAAGCAGAGCAACCUGUGCUUGGCGGCGGAUGUUUCAACCGCAAAAGAGUUGCUGGAUUUGGCGGAUAAGGUCGGCCCAGAGAUCUGUCUAUUGAAAACUCACGUGGAUAUACUGCCUGAUUUCACAUCAGAUUUUGGCUCUCAGCUACGCGCGAUUGCAGAAAGGCACAACUUCUUAAUCUUUGAAGACCGCAAGUUUGCUGACAUUGGGAAUACAGUGACCAUGCAGUAUGAAGGAGGUAUAUUCCACAUAUUGGACUGGGCUGACAUUGUUAAUGCGCACAUAAUAUCAGGGCCUGGGAUUGUUGAUGGUCUGAAGUUGAAGGGCUUGCGUCAAGGUAGGGGCCUCCUGCUGCUUGCUGAAAUGAGUUCAGCUGGAAAUCUUGCGACAGGAGAUUACACAUCUGCUGCUGUGAAAAUAGCUGAAGAACAUUCAGAUUUUGUGAUUGGCUUCAUAUCUGUCAAUCCAGCAUCAUGGCAAGGGGGGCCAGCAAAUCCAGCAUUCAUUCAUGCAACACCAGGAGUUCAAAUGGUUUCUGGGGGAGAUUCAUUAGGCCAGCAGUACAACACUCCUUAUUCUGUAAUCCAUGACAGAGGCAGCGAUAUCAUCAUAGUUGGUCGUGGAAUUAUAAAGGCGACAAAUCCCGCUGAAGCUGCCAGAGAAUACCGGGCCCAGGGUUGGGAUGCCUACAAAGCAAAAUGCUCCUAGAUCUCAUCUGGUUUCAACUAUAAUCGAGAUCUAAUCUCAUAGACUUUAGAUCCUCGGCAGUGUAAUAAUUCUCACUUCUGUUAUCAAAGAUGCAGAAUCAAAAUAAUGUGUUUUCCAAUGCUUUCUUUCAUCCUAAUUAAAAGUGCUGGAUGUUCAAACAACCAAGCCAUUCUUUAGCCUAUGUUGAAAUGCUGUUGGAUAAUCUGUAUCUAUUGAUACCUCAAUUUUGUAGUUUCAUGUGGUCAUAUGAUAGUUCUUAAUUGCAUGCCUCAA